GAGAAAACCAAACAGCUUGGAGGGUUUAUUAAGUGGGCCAGUUGCCAUAGCGACGCUUUGGCAGGAUAUUGCCGGGAUAAGGCGUAAUGGGUCUCCUGACGCAGUUCACUCUGCUCCUGUGGAAGAACUUCACUCUCCGGAAGAGACAAAAGGUACGCCUGGUAGUCGAGGUGCUAUGGCCUCUCUUUCUCUUCUUCAUCCUGGUGUGGGUGCGGUCCACCAAUAAGCCAAUUUACAAAGGCAACUGUCACUAUCCAAACAAAGCCAUGCCCUCGGCUGGCGUGCUGCCUUGGCUCCAAGGUAUGAUGUGUAACAUUGACAAUCCCUGUUUGAGCUCCCCGACACCGGGAGAGACGCCGGGUCAAGUCAACAACUUCAACCAUUCCACGAUGGCUGGGAUACUGAUUGAACUACAAACCCUCGUGCAGAACAGAUCCAUUCUCAGCAAUGUGCAAAGGCUGGCCGAAGCUGUAGACCGGUGGGCUGCAGUCUUAUCACAAUCAAACUCUGGUAAAGGUCGACUGGUGCCUCUGAGGAGUAUUCUGAAUGACAAUGAGACAUUUUCCACAUAUUUGAGUGAGGACUUGUCCAUACCACCAGCUGUGGUCCAAAGUCUGAUGGCUGCAAACAUUCCCCUGAAUCCGAUGAUGGGCGUCCCAAGGCCACGAGAAAUGAGGAGCAUCCUAUGUGAGGGGACAACUCUGGAUGAAUAUGUCCAAUUUAGCAGCCCGGCUGACAAGGAGGCUUUUCAAAAUGUCAGCUGCUCCCUCAGUCCACAGCAGCUGAUGAACACCCAGUUGGUUUUCGUCCAAAACCUGGACACGAGGAAGCUACCAUCAACUUUAGAUCUGAAUCCGGCAGACACAGCUGAACUCCUACGGAAAACCACUGCAAAUGCAUUGCCAGUCAUUGAGGAGAUAACCAAAUUACAGAACUCCAAGGCGUUUAAAGCUGCUGGUUUGUUGAAUUUCCAAGACGACAUGAUUGGAAGUUUCAAUAUGCUGCUGUGUGGGAAGGAACCUGACUUCAACUCCACCAACAUCACCCUAAGUUUUCGCACUCCUAGACAGAUGGCUAACAACGGGUCAGGUAAGUCCUACGACUUUUGCCAGACACUCAUUGACACCCUGGAGGGCACACCUGGUCUGCGCUACAUUUGGAGCACCUUCAGGCCCUUCCUGCAGGGGAAGGUCCUCUACACACCUGAUACACCUGCUGCUCAACUCUUGGUGAAAGAGGCAAAUCGCACCUUCAAUGCCUUGGCUAUGCUAAGAGAGCUGGCAGACUUUUGGGAUGAGCUGGGGCCACGUGUCUGGGAUUUCUUUCAGAACAGCAACCAAAUCAAUGCACUACGGAGACUGCUGGCGAAUCCGGUGUUUGCCGCUGCCCUCGACCAGCGUCUCAGUGGCACGGGAUUGACGGCGGAGCUGCUGGCCAACUUCCUGUACAACGGGCCUCCGGAGGACCGUCCAGCCGGCAUGCCGCCCUACGACUGGCGGAAUAUGUACAACACCACUACCGAAAUCCUGGGGCUUCUCUCCAAGUUCCUGGGGUGUUUGGACCUGAAUAAGUUCGAGGCUGUCGCCACUGAAGGCCAUCUGGUGAACAGAGCCUUGGAGCUUCUGAAGAAUGACACAUACUGGGCUGGUAUUGUUUUCGAAAACCUCCAUCCAGACGCCAGACGCCCCCCUCCUUAUGUCAAAUACAAAAUACGCAUGGACAUUGACGAUAUUGAGGUUACCAACAAGCUGAAAGAAAGGUCAUGGUCUCCCGGGGCCCGAGACAACGCCUUCAACGACCUGCGGUAUAUAUGGGGAGGAUUUGCCUACGUGCAGGACAUGAUGGACCACGGCAUUAUUCGAGCGCACGCCUCCAAAGCCCAACCUUUUGGGGUUUUUGCCCAGCAGAUGCCGUACCCUUGCUUUGUGGAUGACGCGUUCCUCCGCUCCUUGGCUCGCUCUCUCCCCUUGUACUUGACUUUAGCCUGGAUCUACUCGGUGGCCAUGAUCGUUAAGGGCAUUGUCCACGAGAAGGAAGCGAGGCUGAAGGAGACAGUGAGGAUCAUGGGCCUGAGAAGUGCCAUCUAUUGGCUGAGCUGGGCAGUGUCCUGUGUGCUGCCUCUAGCCAUCAGUGCCCUCCUCCUUACCCUUAUACUCAAGUACGGGAAAGUGCUGCAGUACAGCGACCCUUCGGUGAUCUUUGUCUUCCUGCUGGUGUACUGCAUGGCCACCAUCACACAGUGCUUCUUCAUUAGCGUCUUCUUUUCUAAAGCCAACUUAGCAGCAGCAUGUGGCGGCCUCAUCUACUUUGUCCUCUACCUGCCGCAUGUCCUCUGCUAUGCCUGGAGGGACGUCAUGGGUUUCGGGGCCAAAGUUGCUGUGAGUUUAUUGUCGUGUGUGGCCUUUGGCUUCGGCUGCGAGAACUUCUCCAAGUACGAGGAGCAAGGCAUCGGUAUUCAGUGGUACAAUAUCGGCACCAGUCCAGAGGAGGGAGAGCGCUACACCUUCAUCUUGUCCAUCGUCAUGAUGCUCUUUGAUGCUGCUUUUUACUGGUUGCUCACCUGGUACAUUGAGAAUGUCUUCCCAGGCCAAUAUGGAAUCCCUAAGCCAUGGUACUUCCCUUUCACUGCGUCUUAUUGGUGUGGGACAGCCUCAGUGGCUGAUGGUGACCCCGGCAUGCUUAAAGACCCCGGUGUACAUGACGACUACAUGGAGAACCCACCGCCGGACAUGAAAGCCGGCGUCUCAAUCCGGAAUCUUGUGAAAAUCUACAAGACUGGGAAAAAGCUAGCUGUGGAUGAGCUGAGCUUGGACUUCUACGAGAAUCAGAUCACAUCUUUUCUCGGUCACAAUGGAGCUGGAAAAACAACCACUAUGUCCAUUCUGACCGGACUUUUUCCACCUACAUCAGGAACUGCCCUCAUAAAUGGUUAUGACAUCCACACGGACAUGGACAGCAUCCGGAAGCACUUGGGAAUGUGCCCGCAGCACAAUGUGUUAUUUAAUGAGCUGACAGUGGAGGAGCACAUCUACUUCUACGCCCGGCUGAAAGGACGCAGCCGUGAUGAGGUGAAAAUUGAGAUGGACCAGAUGAUUAAAGACGUUGGUCUGCCACAUAAGCGAAAGGACCUCGCCAAGAACCUGUCAGGUGGGAUGCAAAGGAAGCUGUCAGUGGCAAUUGCAUUUGUUGGAGGCUCGAAAAUCGUCAUCUUGGAUGAACCUACAGCAGGGGUGGACCCGUAUGCCCGCAGGGGUAUCUGGGAACUGCUGUUAAAGUACAAACAAGGCCGCACCAUCAUCCUGUCCACUCAUCACAUGGAUGAGGCUGACAUCUUAGGCGAUCGCAUUGCCAUCAUCUCCCACGGCAAGCUGCGCUGUUGCGGCUCCUCCCUCUUCCUAAAGAAACGUUUCGGCAGCGGCUACUACCUCACCCUGGUCCGAGAUGGGGAUGAAAAGAUGACAAAUCAGCGUGGUGGUCUUGCUCAAAGUCAGGCCCAAGAGAAGAAGUGCAACCAUCCUUCCAGGAGCAGCAGCCCAGAUGACGGCAUUGGAAGCCAAAACUGGAGCAACUCCGACCCCUCAGAUUUGACAGCGGUGGGUAAACUCGUGCGGCGCCACGUACCCGAGGCUGUCUUCCUGGAGAGCAUCGGCCAGGAGAUCACCUACAUCCUGCCCUACGGCGGGGCCCGAGAUGGGACCUUUGCCCUGCUCUUCAAAGAGCUCGACCUGGAGAUGGCUGAUCUGGGCCUCACCAGCUACGGCAUCUCUGACACCACGCUGGAGGAGAUAUUUCUGAAAGUGGCCGAAGAUACUGGAGUGGACACUGACACACCAACAACAAAGGAGCCGUUCGUGAGAGACUGCAAAAGAAGCUCCCGUGAAUCCAAGCGGAACAGCAUCACCAACGUCCAGACAAAUUCACAGCCAGUUCCUGGGAUGAAUGAGGUAAAAGGAAAGUUAACAAAUAAAGUGGAGGAUACACAGAGGGUCGCCGGUAUCAGUGGGAGGGGCUCCACCAUCAUCACUGGGUGGGAGCUGAUCAGGAGGCAGUUCCUGGCACUGUUCAUCAAGCGCUUCCACCAUGCCCGGAGGAGCCGCAAGGGACUCAUUGCCCAGGUUGUCUUACCUGCUGUGUUUGUGUGCCUGUCUCUCAUCUUCUCACUCAUCGUCCCCCCAUUCACUGAAUAUCCGAGUCUGGAGCUGCAGCCCUGGAUGUAUGGACUGCCCCAAACCACCUUCUACAGCAAUGAUGGUCCAGAUAAUAUGAACGUGUCUCGGGUGGUGGAUUCCUUGGUGAACAACCCUGGCUUUGGGACUCGCUGCAUGAUCGGAGACCCAAUACCGGAGCUUCCGUGUGUCCCCACUGCAUCUGAUUGGUUCACUCCAACUGUGGAUCAGUCAGUCGUAGACAUCUUCGUCAAUGGGAACUGGAGCAUGUCUAACCCAUCCCCUUCCUGUCAGUGCAGCACCACUAAACGCACCAUCAUGUUACCUGACUGUCCACCUGGUGCUGGGGGACUGCCUCCCCCACAGAGGAUCCAGAACACAACGGAUACACUGCUGGAUUUAACCGGACGGAACAUGACAGACUUCUUAGUCAAGACUUAUGAGCACUCGGGCAAAAAAAGGUAUGGAGGGAUCUCUGUUGGAGCUGUCAACUCCCAAGUCCGUCUGACAGAGCCAGAAAUUGGAGCUGCGUUCAGGGAUAUAAAGGGCUUGUUCAGUUCAUUCCAGGAUAAUGUGACUGAUGAGAUCUUCCAGAAAGCUGAGAUUCUGCUGAAGAAGCUGGGAACCAGGAACAACAUAAAGGUGUGGUUCUACAACCAGGCGUGGCACGGCGUGGUGUCCUUCCUCAAUGUGGCCAACAAUGCCAUCCUGAGAGGCAGCCUGCCGACAGGACAGGAUCCCCGGCAGUAUGGCAUCUCCGUCUCCAGCCACCCACUCAACCUCACCAAGGAGCAGCUCUCCUACUUAGCUCUGGCCGCAACUUCCACCGACAUGGUGGUGUCCAUCUGUGUUAUCUUUGCCAUGUCCUUCAUCCCUGCCAGCUUUGUCCUCUUCCUUAUCCAAGAGAGGGUGAGCAAAGCCAAGCAUCUGCAGUUUGUCAGCGGUGUAAACCCGGCCAUUUACUGGUUGGCCAACUUUGCCUGGGACAUGUGUAACUACAUCGUCCCGAGUUUGAUUGUGGUCCUGAUCUUCCUGUGCUUCCAACGAAAGGCUUAUGUUUCCCCUUCAAACCUGCCUGCGUUGAUUCUCCUCCUCCUUUUCUAUGGGUGGUCCAUCACCCCGAUGAUGUACCCCGCUUCUUUCAUCUUCAGUGUUCCCAGCACAGCCUACGUGGUGCUAACUUGCAUCAACCUCUUCAUCGGCAUUAACGGCAGCGUGGCCACCUUUGUCAUGGAGCUCUUUGAUGAUGAUAAUGUGUCCCACAUCAACGACAUAAUGAAGCAGGUGUUGCUGAUAUUCCCACAUUUCUGUCUGGGUCGAGGGCUCAUUGACAUGGCCAGGAACGAAGCGAUGGCCACCUUCUUCAGCAGUUUCGGGGAAGACCGCUUCAAGGACCCUCUCAGCUGGGAGAUGGUGGGAAAAAACCUUUGUGCCAUGUCCAUUGAGGGAGCUGUCAUGUUUGCUAUCACAGUCCUCAUCCAGUAUAAGUUCUUCUGCAAACCAAGGCUUAUUUCUGGGAACUCAUUAUCUGAGGAGGAAGAGGAUAUUGAUGUGGCUCGGGAACGGGAACGAGUACAUCAAGGCAGGGCUGACAAUGACCUUCUGAAAAUCUACAACCUAACGAAGGUAUACCCUGGGAAGAAGACCCCUGCUGUGGACAGGGUAUGUGUGGGUGUACCUGCCGCAGAGUGUUUUGGCUUGCUGGGAAUCAAUGGGGCAGGAAAAACCACCACCUUCAAGAUGCUGACAGGAGACAUCCCAGUCUCCGGUGGAGAGGCCUUCCUAAAUGGAUACAGCAUACAGACAGAAAUGCAGGACGUGCACCAGAACAUGGGCUACUGCCCCCAGUUUGACGCCAUCGAUGACCUUCUGACCGGCCGAGAGCACCUGGAGUUUUACGCCAGGCUGCGAGGGGUACCAGACAUAGAGGUCUCCAUGGUGGCGGAGUGGGGAAUCCAGAAACUGGGAUUGGUCAAAUAUUCCAACAAGUCGGCAGGAACCUACAGUGGGGGGAACAAACGCAAACUGUCCACAGCAAUGGCCCUGAUUGGUUGUCCUUCAGUGAUCUUCCUGGAUGAGCCAACCACUGGGAUGGACCCCAAGGCACGGCGCUUUCUCUGGGACUGCAUCCUGAGUGUCAUCAAAGAGGGACGCUCUGUCAUUCUAACAUCACACAGCAUGGAGGAGUGUGAAGCACUAUGCACACGCAUGGCCAUCAUGGUAAAUGGUCGCUUCAAGUGCCUGGGGAGCAUCCAGCAUCUGAAGAGCAGAUUUGGUGAUGGCUACACAGUGAUUGUACGGGUUGGGGGCUCUCCUCCUGCCUUGGCGCCAGUCGAGGACUUUGUACAGCAAUCGUUCCCAGGAAGCGUCCUAAAGGAAAAGCACCAUAACACACUGCAGUAUCAGCUCCCAUGCACAGAGGGGGCUUUGGCCAAUAUCUUCAGCCAAUUUACAACCCAUCAACAGAGGCUCAGUGUGGAGGACUACUCAGUCUCGCAGACCACUCUGGAUCAGGUCUUUGUGAAUUUUGCACGGCACCAGCACGAUGAGGAGGACACUCAAGCUUAUGACAACCCGGUGGACACCUCAGAUGAGCUGCCCCUGUCGUCGGUGAAGACCUCGCAGGCAGCAGAGGUUUAAGGGCCAAACAACACUCCUUAAAGAGUAACUAAACCCCAAAAUCAGACCUAUACUUCUUUUAGUACUUCUUUUUUAUUGUUUGUGAUGUCUACCAAGCAGAGGUGCAGAGUCCAAAUUUGGUUAUACAACUUGUACAAUGACAGUAAAAGGCUGUUUGAUUUCAUUUGAUUUCACCUAUAGGUGAUGACAUCACCUCCCACCAAACAUCUCACAUCCUACUUUUCACCAUUAGAGGUCAGUUUGCACACAGAUUCGGCUUUGGGGUUUAGUUACUCUUUAGAGGCAUUGCUCACAGCGCAGCACUUAGAAUACCUCUCGCUUGAAUUUUGAUUCCACUUUAAAUUGCAAACAGUUGUUUACAUUUGCCUUUAGCCAGACGUACAGUGUAUUAUAUUAUUUUACACAAGAAAAUAUUGCAAGAUGUGUGUUUUCACUCAGAAUUUGGUAUGGAAUGAUUGUUAUUAAACUAGAUUUGUGCCAUCAAGGUAAGAAGUGGAUUUGGACCAGGAUAAACAAACAGUUCACCUAAAAUAUACAAAAAAAUGUAUUGUAUCUACACAACCUGCCUCUAAUUUGUACUUGUUGGGGCGGAUAGAAACAGUUUGCCAGGAUCAAAGGUCAAAAUAUUGUCUCAAAGCCUAUAUUUGCCAAUCAAAGAUGACAUUAUUUGAUAUCAAAGAGACUGUAUUUUGAGUUGAACCGCUCAAAGUGUACACAGGAUGUUGUUCGGGUUGUGGACCUCAGAAGUCAGACAUGACAUUGACUGCAAGUCUUUGCCCAAAUAUGGAAAUCCAGAUCAAACACAUUUUUUUCUAUGGGAAAGAUCAUCAUAAAUUAUUUUCAGUCAGUUCAGAAAAUCCUAUUCAUUUCUUCCACAGAUAAUCCGUUUUUGAUCCAUAAAUCUCGACAAUGCUAGUAAAUCAGAGACAAAAGGUGAUAUGACUUCUGAGGUCUAUUGUGUUCAGUAAAUUAGUCACAUCCUGCAUACCAUCAGCAUGCCACAUGCCAAGUGUAAGCAACGUCAUGUUGUACACACUGAACACACUGGACAGCGUGUCUUCAUGACACUUAUAUCUUACUCAGGAAUGGUUACAUGUACAUGCGAAGAGAUAUUUAUACCAACGCACUUAUUGUUUGUUUUCAACAUUCAUUACACUGCAAUUACAUUUCAAUAUAACAGUGUCCUAACCAUGAAAUCUCAAGCCACUUUUCCAUGCAGAUUACAUGAUUUGACACUCGGCUCUGUCUUCAGAAUAUAAAUAACUCCUCAUCUUGCCACUCACAGGCUUCAUGGUUUACUUUCAGAAGUGGACGUAAUUUGUAUGCCUCGCAAAGUCCUCACAUUACUAUCUUGUUCAUUGCAAAGAAUAAUGAAUCUU